AGACUAACCAAAGGCAUGGCAGUAAAUCAGCAAAAUCUAACUCUAGAUGAUAUUCAGGAUCAAGAAUAUGUUGUGGAUAAGAAAGAUAAAAUUAUCGAAGAAUGUGAAGAACUAUGGAAACAGAUGGAAAAAUAUCAGCAGGAGAUAGCACUUGCUGGAGGUGAAAGACUUAACCAUUCCGAUACUCAGCUAACAUUAUUAAUGAUGAGAUUAAAGAGUCUAACAGCAGAAUACAAUCAAUGGCUGAAAAGAAGUCCUGACAUAAUCCCAUUGAAUCUAGAAAAUCUGGUAGCACUAGGAAAAGAAGAGUUGCAAAAAUUAGACCAUGAUCUUGAAAUGUUACUGUCCACGAUUCAGUCAAAGAAUCAGAAACUACUGGAAGACUUAAGAAGAGAGCAAGGAUGGUUGGAUGAACAAGAAGAGCUAGUAGCAUCUCUCAGUGAAAAAUGUAAGGAAAUGAAAAAUCAAAGGAUGCCAGUUUCUGAGCAAAGAACUUUACUUGAACUGAAAACAAAAAUGACUAAAAUAAGAAGACAUAGAGAGAAUCUCUUGACCUCUCUCGGUGAGAUUCUAGACAAGCAUUUUCCUCUCCUUGAAGAAAAUGGAAGUAAGAAGAGAAAAAGAGACUGUCAGCCAAAUGCACAGUUAAUAACAAUGCAUGAAAUUUUAGAGGUUCUUAUAAAUAGGCUACUUCAUUCUCCACAUGAUCCAUAUGUAAAAAUUAAUGACUCCUUUUGGCCACCUUAUAUUGAGCUGCUGUUGCGUAGUGGAAUUGCGCUUAGACAUCAAGAUGAUCCAAGCCAAAUACGAUUAGAAGCAUUUCAUCAGUAAAAACAAUGUGUUUUCUUAGAUUUGGUACUUAGAAACCUUGGCACCUGAGCAUAAUAGAAGCCCAAGCAUAUGGGUAUUGCUUUCACACUGAAGUUUAACCUUUCAUUUGUUGCUGAUUUUCCACUUAUAUAUUCCUUUCUCAUUUAGUCAGCUUUGGAAUAUUGUAAAAUGUUU